AGCCCGGAGGACCCAGCGGACAGACUGCCACUGCUGCCACUGCAGGCUGGGCCAUGGACCCCCACGAGAUGGUCGUCAAGAACCCCUACACCCACAUCAGCAUCCCCAGGGCUCACCUGCGGCCUGACCUGGGGCAGCAGUUAGAGGUGGUCCCCUCCUUCUCCUCCUCGUCCUCAGAGAUGCAGCCUCUGCCCGUGGGGCCCUGCGCCCCUGAGCCAGCCCACCUCCUGCAGCCCACCGAAGUCCCAGAAUCCAAGGGUGCCAAGGGCGCUGUCCCCCUCCACAGCCAGCAGGCCUGGCAACAGCCCGGCAACCCCUACAGCAGCGGGCAGCGCCCGACAGGACUGACCUACACUGGCCGGCCGCCCGUGGGGCGUGGGGAUGACAUUGCCCACCACUGCUGCUGCUGCCCCUGCUGCUCCUGCUGCCACUGUCCCCGCUUCUGCCGCUGCCACAGCUGCUGCUGCGUCAUCUCCUAGCCUACCCACCACCCUGCCAGGGCUGUGGACCAGGCCUCUGCUGCGGUGGCCAAGGUAGUGCCCGGAUGUUUGGAGUGGCCACUGUCAGGGCAUUGGCCACUUUCUGCCCUGGACAGUGGCACCUACCCACCAGGAAGGCUGCUGGCUCACCCUGGGCCCCCUGACUUGGAGCCCCAGGUACUGGCCAUGAUGGGACAUGCUUGACCACCUCCUUCAAAACCCAGGCAAUAAAGCAGGGUGAGCUUUGU